CGCUCGACGCGGCCCGGUCGCAUAGCCGGCCGAGCGCGCCCGGCGCAGCCGUCUCCUCGCGUGGCGCGCACGCGGUGAGGGAUGUCACCGGGGGGUGGGGGAGGCCAGGCGGCCCGGAACGGACAGGCGCCGCUGACCGAGCGCGUCCCAAGACGCCGACAAGGAACGGCAGCUGGAACGAGCGACUCUGCCCGGCCACGCGGGCGAGCUUAUAUAAAGGGCGAGGGCUUUACCUCGGUGGAAAGGUUUUCACGGCCGCCGUUGCUGGAGAAGACACCGACAUCUGUUGACUUGUGCGAGAGCAGGUCCUAGUUGGUUACUGAAGGAGCGGUGGCUGGACUCGGUCUCCCGAAGGUGGUUGCCGUUGUGGUUUGUGGCGUUCGGUGGGUGCUCGAGAAUAGGAGACGCGAGGAAGACGGCGGACGACGCAAGUGGACGGGAGGCAGCCAUGCGUCGCAGGGGUGGUCGGUCUCGGUCGGCAAGGUCCGUCGCAGCUCCGGUGGCCGUAGCGUGCGUCGCCCUGUUAGUGCUCGCCUCGUCGCCGUUGUCGCGUGCGGAAGCCAUGACGGCGGAAGACGGCGGCUCCGCCACCACCGCACCGUCCUACGGCAACCGCACCCUGCUGGGCGGCGGCCCGGUGAGGCAGCAACCGGCCAACAGAGGAGCACUCAUGGCGACCGCCCUACCGGCUACUCUGGGGCUGAGCGGCAUCCUGUACGGACUGACCGUGCUGCCGGCGCUGCUGGCGCUCUUCGGGAGCGGCGGAGCCUUCCCGCUCACGGGAUUCCUGGGCAGCCUUUUCAGGGAAAAGAGCAUGCGCAGGUCCACCUCGGCCGACGGUGCCAGCGCCAAGAGGGACUCCGGCAGCCUGCUGGCCGUCCUCCAGGAGGCGCUGCAGCGCUGGGACGGCGCGUCCGAGCCCUGCCGCAGCAUGUUCGUCUGUCAGGUGGCCAAGGAGGCCCUCGGCGCGGGAUACCUGCCAGACAUGAGGCCCUUCGACGGCCUCUUCCAGCUCUUCUUGGGGGACUACGGAAAGUCAGCGUCCACCAGCAAAGACGCGAAGGCUAUGUUUCCGCACCAGGCGUUCUUUCACGCCAUGCGAGACGGCUUCCGAGGUUGCAAGGCCAAGUACGACUGCGACGCCCCGCUCCAGCCGCCGCGUUAUCCGCGCACCAGGAAGCCAUGACGCCCCGCGGCUGUGACCCGCCAUCAUCACUAUCCCCUCCAUCCAUGGUAGAAGACGGAGAGUGUGUGCACGCUAUUCAUUCACCGAAACGCCGUUCCUGUUUUUAUUUAUCUCGCCUUCCGGCUUGGAUCGUAUGAAGGAGAUCAUCGAUUUCAUCCUGUAACGUGGACUUCAAUGCCUUGCAUAUCCGGGUUGCGUAGAACAAUAAACAACAAAACAAAACAAAACAAAAAGCAGAAGAAAA